GUGGUUGCUGGCGAAAGUAUUGUAAAACACACCAAAAAAUGACCGUGCUUUCCCCAUUUACAAGGGCGUUAACCAAUCAUAUCAUCACGCUGGUUGAAAAUUUGUAUAGUGCAAUCUAAGUGAAUAAAGUAUUGUAAAUUUUCAUUUUUCUAAUCAAAGUCAAUCAAAGUCAAUCAUUUUUCAUUCAGAAUUUUAUUCUAGAACGAUUAAAAGAGGUUACACAAACUUCAAUAGUUUUAAAAUCAUGAAUUCGUUGAAAUUUCAUUGAAAUCAUCAAAAUUCGAUCAAAAACCUCUAGAUUCAAAGUUUUGGGGGGGGAACAGCUCAAUAUCUAUUCGGGUUGUUUAAAGCAGCAUCGGAAGACAGGAAAAACAGCAAUAUGUGGGUAAAAAAUGUCUUACAAUACUUACCCUUCUAACCUACGUAGUUCUUUUCAUCUACAACGACAUCUUCCCUGUCGACCAGCUAGAAUUCUUGGAUGGAAACUCGCUACCCGUGCCCACUGAGUAGUGUCUAGAAGGAUUGAUAGAGUCAACGGCGCAAACUCUAUAAAUGUAUGGUAUUUAUUAGCAAAUGAUUUAUGAAGUGUGAUGUUAACGUUUGUUAAGUUUGUUCCACAAAGUAUUUGAACAAUUUCUAUACCUCAGAUAGACAUGUUAGCACUCAAUAGCAGGUCACCCUAAUUGAUAUCACACUGGAGAUAGGUUAUGUAGCAGCGAGCACUGAGUCCAGCUCGGGGUCAUUGGACUUC